AUGGCCGACGAGGGAUUCCUUACCAGAAAGUUUGGCGAAGGCGUUGAGAACUACUACUCCGGCUCACCCCUCAACCGCCUCGCCUUCCUCCGCACAAACCACUCUUACCUCUCCACCGCCCUCCAACAUCCAUCCACCCGUUUCCUCCUCCUCAACAACCUCGACCCUCUAGCAUCCACCCCUUCCACCCUCGCCUUCGUCUCCUACUCCGACAUCUCCCCUCUAAUCUCAAACCCAUACUCCACCAGCGAAAAAGAAGUCCUAGAAUCCUUCACCAGCACCAUCGACCACCCAGUCCUAAUCUUUCUCGGAAUCGACGAAUCCGCUUCACAAGAACAUAAAAUCCCAACCCCAGACGGUAAAUACUCCGGCCAAGCAUAUUUCUCACUGGAUAUAACACCGUACCCUCACAUUAGUUAUUCAUCGACCGCGAGUUCCUUGUUGGAUAGUAUUAAGCAGAAUUAUCCGCUUCAUGAGUUUAAAACUGCAAGGAAGGAUUUGAAUUUGGGAAACGAACAUGCGGCGAUUUAUGCGUCGGCUAGGACUUUGACGAAUUGGAAUGUUACGGCGCCGUUUUGUGCCGGUUGUGGGCAGAAGACUUUGAGUGUUAAUGCGGGGACGAAGAGGGCUUGUCCGCCGAAGGAUGGGGGCGUGGAGACUAGGAAGUGUCCUAGUCGGGAGGGGGUUCAUAAUAUUAAUUUCCCACGGACGGAUCCAACGGUGAUUAUGGCUGUUAUCAGCUCCGACGGGACCAAAAUCCUAUUAGGAAGACAAAAGAAAUGGCCAAAAUACUGGCACUCAACCCUCGCCGGCUUCCUCGAACCCGGCGAAUCAAUCGAAGAAGCCGUCCGUCGAGAAGUAUGGGAAGAAUCCGGCGUCACCGUCGGCCGCGUAGUAAUCCACUCUUCCCAACCAUGGCCCUUCCCCGCAAGUCUAAUGAUCGGAGCCAUCGGUGAGGCUUUACCCGGGAAAGAAGAAAUCUAUCUAGGUAACGACCCGGAAUUGGAAGGAGCGAAAUGGUUCGAGUUCGAGGAAGUUAAGGAGGCUUUGGGGUUUACUAGUGGACUUUAUGAGGGUACCCCUGAGGGGUAUAAAGAAGGGGCGUUGAGGUUGCCGCCGAAGACUGCUAUUGCUAAUCAGUUGAUUAGGGCGGUGGUGUUGGGGGAGAUACAUUUGGCUAAGAUAUGA